GGUCACAACCGAAGCCAAACAAUACGAAAACGACUUCAGAGUGUUGUUAAUACCGACUCUUAUCUCAUACCACGAAUCCAUUCUUAUGGACUCAGGCGAUAAGUGGAAUAAUGUUUUAAUGAAAUUUGUGGACAAAACAGAUAUAACACAAGAAAGGUAUAGACGACUCCAAAAUAAGCUCAAAGUCAGUGUCGAAAACAUUAUCAGAACUAAUAUCUACGGGAAUCUGAAGGGAAAGUUAGCUAAACCUGUGGUUCAAAAAAUAAACAUCUCGUUCAACGACAAACUACUCGACGAUUUCGUAGGCGCUCUCAAACCCAACCAAUUAAUUAUCGAUACAGAAUUAGAAUUACAGCAAAUGUUGAGUAAAUCUCAGAUUGAGAUCCGAGACAAACAUCAACUCCAGAAGCAAUACGAUCUCGAAAUGAGAGCUCUUUUGCCUUUA